AAGGCUGGUUUACUGGCGCGGAGUUUUUACGUCAAAUCUAGUAUCGCAAUGGCAGCCCAUUCCAGUGAGCUUGAAAUAGCAAAGAAAAAUUUAACUGAAGUAAUUGGUGAUAAUGUUAAGCAUUAUUGGGCGAACUUGAAACUAUGGUUCAAACAGAAGAUAAGUAAGGAGGAGUUCGACAUUGAAGCACGUCGUCUCCUGGCACAAGAAAACGUCCAUGUUCAUAAUGACUUCCUCCUGGCCAUUCUCACUCGCUGUCAGAUCAUCGUCUCAACACCAGAGGGAGCAGGGUCUCUACAGUGGACAGUGGGCUCCACCUCCAAGCCUGGCAAACCGAAGGGAAAAAAGAAAUUCUCCUCUAGACAGAAAUUUGACCAUCGUUUCCAGCCCCAGAACCCCCUGAGUGCAGCCCAGCCGUUCAGCCCCCGGGAGGUGGGGUCAGAGGAGGAGGAGCUGCGCCUGAGUGCCCACACCCUGCUGCUGCCCACUCGGGGCCAGCUAGAGGCCCGCAUGAUGGUAACGGCCUUUGAGGUGGGCCUGGACAACGUCACCGAGGACGCUGUCAGUAGCAUGGUCCAUGCUGUGGAGGUUCACUUGAAGGACGUCCUUACUGCUAUAGUGACCCGGAGGAAAGCUUACCGACUACGGGAUGGACAUUUCCCCUAUGCCUUUGGCAGUGAUGUCACACCUCAGCCCUACCUAAAAAACAGCUUGGCUGCCUAUCACAGUGUCACUGAAUGCCCCCCUCCAAGUGCUUCGCUCCCCGCAGGCCCACCCCCACAAGUGUCCCCAGACGAGGCUGAGCAACAAGCCGCCCUCCUCCUGGCCUGCUCCAGUGACAGCAUCCCUGCUCCCCUCCCUCCAAUCGGCAUGUUCGAUCUACUGGAAGCACUACAGGUUCACCGUGGCGUGAUGCCCUCUCACACCAUGUACGCCCUGAACAUGGAGCGCAUCCUGUCUCGGCUGUGGCACCCCAGCCACGAGGAGCUGGAGCAGGACCACGUGCACCGCCAGCGCCUCGCCAUCAAGGAGGGCCUGCUCAUCAGUUGAGACUCAGCCAGACCAGAUGUAUGUAGGAGAGGGAUGAAGGGCCUCUCUGGCCACUGAAGGUCUCUAGGUGGACAGAUUGAUAACUGAGGUGCAGCCAGUCAGACGAGAGUGAUGCUGUAUGAAGGAAAAGGGAGCAGUAGAGAAAGGGCCCUGUGUGGCUCCAUACUCUACAUCAGCCUUUCUUUAUCCUGGUCCUCGUGAUCCUCUGCCCUGCAAGUUUCCCCUCUUCCACACCUGAUUGAAAUAAAUGGCUCGUUAUCAGGCGUUUGCUGACCUUGUUAACAAUCCAUUAAUUUGAAACAGGUGUGAUGGAAGAGAGAAACAUGCAGGGAUGGGGUAACACUUUUGUUCUCUAACAAAAUGUUCCAGAAUACCCCUCAACAGUGAAAUCUAGCCUGAGCAGCAACCAAUUAUGUAAAUAUGUUUGUAUUAUUAUAAUUUUUUCACAAAGACGUUUGGAAAUAAAUCGGAUUACUUCUCCGUAAUAAUUUGCAUUGAACUGGUGAAUUACUCGUUUAAUAUAGUUAGUAUACAUUCAAUUGGUGAAUACUGAGUUUGCUAGGAUGGGAUAUACACAUUUGAUGGAACGUGUUAUAGAGGAAUUUAGCUUUUAGCUGUUUACGCAGGUUGUCGAAGAAUUGUCUUAAGAGUCCCACUUCUGGCAGCGCAGUAUUUUAGGCACACCCACUCGUCAUAGACUUCGCGAGUCCUCGGGAGAGCUCUCUUGCCAUAUUUGGCUUGCCUGCCGCUCAUUUCCGACACGAUGCUAUCCAAUCGCACGUCGUGCAUUCACGCCACCAGACGAUUACGCUACACUGGAGUGACUCAAUGGUCUAUCCGACCCUACUUCUGUCAACAAAUCCUGAAAUAAUGCACUCUCGACUUGAACAAUCAACCAAAG